AUGUCUGAAGUUAUUUGCACCGUUUCGACCUUAGAUGAUGUCUUAGUUUUGAAAAGCAGUGCUUCAUUGAUAACUCAGCCGUCGUUCACAUCAGACUAUUAUUUUAAGGUGUCAGUACAAUUGAAUGCUGGCAUUUGGUAUUUAUUAUCGAUAUAUCCAACAUCAGUAGACAGUGGGUUUUAUUAUGAACCAAUAAUCCUAAGAACUAUAAGCAGUUUGGAUGAUAACGCAAUGAUUUAUGAUUACAAUUAUAGAGCUGGUCACUUGAAUGUUGACGAAUUGCCUCCCUCAGGAAUGACCAUCACAUUCCUAGUAGAUCAAGAUCUCUAUCCUAAUUAUGAUGACCCUGGAGCUCAAUACGUGAUAACCAUCUUCAUCACGCCAAGAGAGAAUAUCAAAGGAGCUUAGAUUGAAUUGCAGAUCGUCCAAGGUCAACACACCGACGGAAUCGAUGAUACCGAUUUCAAGAUCCUCUCCAAAUCAUGUUGGAGUAAGUUUACCAGUUACACCUGCACGACCACAGAGAAGUCGAUCAAAUUAAUCACAUAAGACGACAUAAUCUCAAACACUUAAUUGCAAAUACAAUUUGGAGUAGAGAAUCCUGGAUUCGUGUCUCAAAGAGAUAUACGAGUGGUGACUAAGUCUCCAACUCAAGGAAACAGAAUCAUAGAGAAGGGAUUCAGAUCCAAUGUCUUCGGUGUAACCACCAUACCCACCUAAUUGGAAGGAGUGCAGUUUUUGUGGGGCAUCGAUUCUCAAGAAGACCUCACUGACACCUAAAUUGGAGUGUUUAAACUGGAAAAUGCAGCUGUUAUGAAAGGACCUUACAAUUCAAUCAAGGUGUCAUUUUCAGUCUCAGCUUCAGCAAAUCUAGUGUUCCCCUUGACAGUCAAGAUCAAAUUCAAUUGUAUCUAUGCCUUAAGUUAUGCCACCAAACACAAUUUCCAAUCGUACAAUGAUGAAAAUCCUGUCUAUUGUGAAUUCGUCACAGACUCAAUCCUUUGUCACAAUGUGGGAACACUCUCUGCAUCCAGUGUGUACUACGUUUCAACUAAGGCGUUGUAUGAUGCUUCUUCAAGUGCUUCGGAAUUUGGUAAGUUGAGUUUUUACUUGGAAUAGAGUGUGACUGUUAAUACUUUAUAUAUAUAUGGAGAGAAUCCUGGAAUAACCAUCUCCUAUCUCUAGGACAGUCAUUACUUGGACUUGACUGGAUGGCAUAAUCCAUCAGGAGGACUUUUGGGAUAGACUCAGGUCACUUCUAUCCCAACUGACACUUUAACCACUCUCGAUGCUGUUUUCGGUAGUGAUGGCACUGUUGGCAUUGUGAAUGGGGACAAAAUGCUGUUAUUCUUCAUGAAGACCUCCAGUACUCAAGUGUGGGAUGCAACUGUUGUCGCAUGUCCAUCAACAGCAGCCAAUUAUAUUAAGAUGACAAUAAUGAUGAACAGUAUGGUUUUGCAUAGUGAUUAACAGAAUGCACCCAAGAAAUUAUAAUAUAUAGCUAAUGAUGGUGGUGGAGUAUUCAGUGAUGAAUAGCUUAUAUGUAUUCAAAAAGGAUAUUGUGAUAUUGGAAAUCAAAAUACUUAUUCAAUAUACUCAUCUUCAAAUACUGCUUAUGGAAUUGCUACAUUUAUUAGUGGGGGAGGAUGUGUCACCAAUUUCAUUAAUGAGAAUAACAAUUUCAUUGGAACUUCUGGUUCAACUCCAGGGCAAUAGGGUGUCAUUGGUAUUCCUGUUACUUUCUCUACUAAUUUCGUUCAGUCAUCUUAAUAUGCUGAUGAAUAAUUGUUAGACUUUAUAGUCAACUUUUACAAGGUUGAUUCGUCUGGAUAAAAUAAGAUUAGUUAGCAUUUGAUUAAUGCUUAUACAAUAAGUAGAGUGAAUGAUUUGCAUGUCAGUUUUGUGAAUUAUUAUAUGGGUACUACAGUAGGCAAUGAUGGUUCUUUCAUUCCGACUCUAUUAAGAAUCAAAGUACCUUAAUUGAGUGUGUCAUUCGAUAAAGUGCAAGUGUUUUUUGAUUCAAAAAUCCAGUUAUUCUCAUCCUAUCCAGAUUGUUAUAAAUUCAGUGCCUAGAAUGGCCCAUCAGAGGCAUGGAUGCUCCAUUAAUCUAUCAUAUGUGAUAAGUCCAAUCAAAUCUUGAUUCCAAUCAUUCCUAAAGGGUUGACCUACACUCUUCACAUUGGAUUGACAAGUCAGAUAGAUGGAAUCUUAACCAACAUUCCAAUAAAAGUGUAUCGUCCAUUUGGGUUGCCAGUUUCAGGGGAAACCAGAAAGUACACCCCAAGUGUUUUUACGGUGGAAUCAUCGGAUUUGACCUUUCCAUUUGUGAGAACCCCCUUUUUGUUUGAUAUGCACAUAGAUGCAACCAAAUUCUAGGAUGGAUCAGCAUAUUUGGAUAUGGAAAUUACAACUAGUUCAAAUAGCAAUGUGGAUUUGGAAUAAAACUAAAAUUCACAUAUUGGAGCAGGAUUGACACUGACUAGUAUUGAUGUGAAUCUAUUUGAUGAGGCCACCAUCGAAUCCUAUUUUGGUGACCUGUAAUGCACAUAAUUUGUAUACAAUACUAAUAUAUACACAACAUUCUGUCCAUUCGAUACUCAAAUAAAUUACCCUCUUCAAAUUAGCAAUCAAGUUGUAAUCCUUUAUGGUAGAUACAGCAAAAUAGGUUCAUUUGUUUCGUAUGCUUUAUCCAAUUCCAAGGGAAUUCUAUAAGCUGCUCUCUAAGAUUCAGGUGUAAUUGAUAGAUAAUUGUACACUUGUAAAUUGGACAGCACUAGUUAAAUAUUCGCAAACUCUUUGGGAUAACAGAGACUCCAAUUUCCAAUCAGAUUCAGCUCAUCAAUGAAAUUAGGAGGCACCAAUUUUGGAUCCAUAAAGAUUGUCAUCACUUUAACUCUAGCAAUAAGUGGAGUGAAUGUGGUCACCUCUACAAACUUAUGCACUAUCGAAGGAGUCAAUAACAUAGCUUGUGCAUACACAUCCACAGCCACAACCAUCACUGUGACAUUGACUAGUUCAGUGGUUUAGGUUAUUCAAGCCAAUACUGUUAUAAAACUAACCUUCAUGAUCUAAUCUACUUAUGGGUUGACAUCCUUUGGUACCAAUCAGCCCUUCAAAGUGUAGAUUUAUGUGCCAACCAUAAGGGGAGGUAAGACAUAACCUUAUGGUGACACAUAUGACACACCUGCUGUUUUGUAGGAAUUGUGCACUUAUAGUUUAUUGAAUUUAUAGAACACUCAAUUGGGUAAGAUCUUUUAUAUUGGAAAUCUCAGAUUGGAGACACCAACCUCAAAUGGAGUUGGCAAAUUGAUCUUUGAUUUCAAGUUACAGAGUGCCAGAGAGUAUUUAUCCUCAUCCAAAUAAUACAUCUAAAUAACACUCGGAUUUCUGAGGGAUCAGAAUAUGGAGAGCAACAAAUUGAAGUGUUAAAUAUAUGAGGGUCUCCAAUUAUCUAAAUUAAUUUACUCUGUUGAUACUACCACUAUGCCUAAUAUUAUCAUUAAAUUCAAUCAAGACAUCACAAAUCCACACAGCAUCUUAUUUACGAUGAAAUGCAAAAACUUUGAAACUCCAACGAACACCUUUUCAACUGAAUCUCUGAUUGGCAAGUUGAUAGACUCAGUUGGAACCACCAUCAUUCAAAGUAGUUCACCUAUAGGAUACUCGCAAUUGAGUACCAUAACAUACACUCCAAAAGGUUAGAUUCUAUUGCAAUCAAAGACCUUAAAUAGUCCUGGAUUUGAUGCCAUUUAUGAAUUUGCCAUCACCAAUGCCGACCUUAAGGUACUGCUAACUUACAUGAUUAAAUUGCAAUUUCAUGAUGGAAUUUCAUUGAGUCCCUACGUCUCAUGUCAAUUAAACUCAACGUUUUGUUACUGCACUCUCAAGGAUGGAAUAUACAUCAUAAAUGUUUGCAUCGUUAUAAAACCAACUGAAUUAGCCAUUCUAAGAAUCACUCUACCACAACCAAACAGACUACAUUGGCCAAUACUCCCUUCAAUCUAUAUUGCUAUCGAUAAGGAUGACGAUUUCACUAAUGGGGUUUACAUGCAAGAGAUACUCACAGACACCUUAUAGGAUGAAUAUCAAACACAACCAAUCGAAGUAGUGGACACAACCUUAAGUAGUUAUUACAUUAGAACAUCCCAAACACACAAACUAUCAUUGCUAUUACCUUCUGGAUCAGUCAUGAAUGGCAAUAUCUUGUUUGUUUAAUUCCCAUCCUUCUAUAUGGAUCCCUUAAGCAGAGCUACUGCAACCACUUGUUCAAUCACCAGAGACGAUGAUAAUACCAAAACUAAUUUCACUACCACUUGCACAGUCAUCACUGAACAAUACAUCCAAAUGAUCUUAUCUGAAGACAGUGCCAACAAUUUGAUUAAGCAAUACACAAUCGAAAUCGGCAACAUACCAUUGCCAGAAGCUAGUGUACCAGAAGACCCUACCAAUGAUUACAGACUCAAAGUACACAUCAUUUAGAGUGGUAAUACGAAAGUCAAAUUCACAUCAGCCUUCUAUUACUCAAGUCCUGUCUCCUUGAUCCAAGAAGACAAACAAGACGUGAUAUGGUCAGGUGGAUAAUUUAAAUAUGAAAGAGAUGAAAAUCUAAACAUCAUAGAUGAAACCUCCAAAAUCAUUAAUAUCUUCAUUGGCACUUAUCGCACCUUAAUUUCAAUACAACCCACCUCUCAAUCGAGUUUCCAAGAAACCUUCGGAUUCCAAAAAAGCAUACUGAAAACCUUCCCCUCCUCCCUCUCAGCCAAUAGUGGUUCUAAGAAUUCUUAGUUUCUUGCUGGUGCCGAUCCCAACAUCACCAUAGGCUACUCAGUCUUUAAAUUCUCUAAAUUAACAGGUGGAUCCAAUUAUGUCAGUGUAUUGCCUAACAUUUAUGCUAAUAUCGUCAAUUCACCUUACCAAUUAACCACUGACUAGACUCUGUAUUAGAUCCCUUAAGGAGGCACCUCUUAACCAAUUACAAUUAACGUGGAAAAUUGUUUCCCAAUGUCAGAUCUGCGUAUACAAUUAGGCAAUGAUAAUUCCGCUCUGAAUGUCAUCUCCAACAAUCCCUAAAAUAUCAUAUACUCAGGCAAAAGCCAAUAUAAGUUAUAUUUUGAUAAGUAUGAAUACAUUUGGUAAGUGAAUAAUAAUGAUACAGUCCUGGAAGUUGGAACCAAAGUUCAACUAUCAUUUAUCUUAACAGGUGUGAGUGCACCUUAUUAUUCCCCCCCUCCUAAUAUCACCAUCGAAAUAAUUGCAUCUCCAGCAGACUUUCCCGUCUUAGAAUUCGAUUCUCAACCUAUUGCCUAUAAAAAUGACAUCAAAUUCGCCUUUAAAUGCAAUAACAUCGGAACUCUCUUUUGGGUCCUCGGAUGCGGAGGUGACAUCACAUACAUACCUUUGGAAGAAAUUUUCAAUCAAACCAUUUAUUAAGGCUACUCAAGGACUCAGAGGAAUGUUAGCGAUUUAGAAUGGAAGAUCUAUGGAUUCCAAUUGAUCAAUGGAGUGGCCAAAGAACACUUUAGUGGAUUGAAGUCAUUCUCAGAUUACACUAUUCAAGCCUAUUGUGCUGACCUAGUUGGUGUUUCGAGUGAGGCUCUUAUUUACAAUUGGCAAACAAGAUUCAAUGGCGGAAAUGGAAUUAAAUUGAAUAUUACAUUCUCUAGUCCACUAACUUCAAUACAACAAUUAGAAUUGAUUUGCGGAAUCAAUUAUAUCUUUACCAUCGACUACAAUAGAAUAACUGAUGCCAGAGGAUAGAUGUGCAACAUAGAAACUCUAGAAAUCCUUUCAUUAUCAUCCAAUGAUAUAGCAAGCACAUUGACAGGUGUCUUAACGUCUUAUUACAUCUAUUUCCAACCAGAUUAAUCUUUAAUGGAUGAAACUAUUAAUGAUGUUGUGCAAAAGGCUUUGAGUGAUAAAAAAUCAUUUAUCUCAUUGUUAUCCAAUAAAAUGAGUUUGGAUCCAGAAGAAGAUCCUACCAUUUCUGAUGCAAUCUAUUCAGAACCAGAUCAAUCAACUAAACCAACCUUAAAUUAUACCAAACCAGAAGUAGGGUCUGUCAAUGCAACUAUGAAUUUCACACUCUCUAAAGCCAAAGGAUAUGUUGGAAUAGGAAUAGAAUAAACAGACACUGCUUAAAUUCCAUCCAUAGCCUAAAUUAGAAAAUCAAUAAACUACCUUGGAAGAUCCUUACACCAAAGUUUCCUUCUAUUUUUCAACUAUUCCAGUGCCAUUUAAAAUUAAACUUAGUAAGUAUGGUUUACUAAUCUGAGUCCAAAUCUUAAAUAUAAGAUUUAUUGGUUUUAUUCCAACGAUGAUACAGGUUCAUUAGCCAAAGUUUCUAAUGUAUCUUAUGCUUAAAUACAGACCAGUCCAUCUUAAACCUAUAGUUGUGGAAGAAUCCAUUAUCUUCUACUCAUAAUGAUUAUGAUAUUAAUACAUUGA